AUGAAGGGCAGGGUUGGGCUGGGGGGCGCCUGGAUUCCCCCCUCUGCCCAGUCUCCUCCGUCCUUUGCUCCCCGAUCCGUGGGAGAGGGGGCGCGGCUCCGGCUGCAGGGGGUGGGGCUGAGAAGGCCGAAAGGGCCGGGUCGCCUGGGUUACCCUCUUGCUCGGGAGCCUGGGUCCACCGGGCUGGCUGGAUCCCGAGCUGGAGGAGUCGGGAGGAGAAAGGUGGCUUCCGAGGGCCUGGGGUGGGGUCGGGAUCGGGACGACAGCAGGCCGCCGGCCAGCCGCCAGGCGGUUUCAACUCCUGUUUUCUCUCCCGGGCUCCCUCACAACGCGCCCGGAGCGCGCUUUUUUCAGGACCACCAGCGCGCGGACAGCUCUCCCCGCGGCCCCGCCCGAGCGGGCCCUGCCGGCGAUGGGCCGGAGCCGCUGUCACUGCAGUCAGGCUCCCGCCGGGGGCCGGCGCUCGUGCAGGCGGAGGGGGAGGGGAGUCACAGGCCCACGGGUCGAGGGACCCGCAGACCCACGGACGGGCCACGGCGUCCCGGCCCCCAGGCUCCGCGCGCCCCCCUGCCCGUCAGUGCGCGCGCUCGCUCCGCCCCUGGCUCGGCCCCGCCCCCGCCGCCAGGCCCCGCCCCUCCUUUUCGCAUUGCGGGGCGGCUGGAGGUUGGCGCGGUGCCCCCUGACCCCGGCCCCCCUCCCCAACGCAGGAGCGAGGAGGAGAGAGGGAGCGAGGGAGCAGGACCGGAGGGCCGGGUCGAGAGAGAAGCGAGGGCAGGAAGGAGAGGGGAGAGGAAAGAGAAAGAAGCCGUCGCGGACGACGGGGCUGCGGGUCCAGACCUGCCCUCGGCCCCCUUUGUGCUGCGGGACGCCCAGAGGCACGAUGUGGAGCUUCUGGAGAGCAGCUUCCCUGCCAUUUUGCGGGACUUUGGGGCUGUGAGCUGGGACUUCUCAGGGACUACCCCACUGCCUCGGGGCUGGUCCCCGCCCCUGGCCCCUGGGUGCUACCAGCUCCUGCUGUACCAAGCAGGCCGGUGCCAACCCAGCAACUGCCGCCGGUGCCCGGGGGCCUACCGGGCGCUGAGAGGGCUGCGGAGCUUUAUAAGCGCCAACACCUUCGGCAAUGCUGGCUUCUCCGUCCUCCUGCCCGGGGCCCGGCUCGAGGGGCGCUGUGGGCCCACCAAUGCCCGGGUCAGAUGCCAUCUAGGCCUGAAGAUUCCCCCCGGUUGUGAGCUGGUGGUCGGCGGCGAGCCUCAGUGCUGGGCUGAGGGGCACUGUCUACUGGUGGACGACUCCUUCCUGCAUACAGUGGCUCAUAAUGGCACCUCUGAAGAUGGGCCUCGAGUGGUCUUCAUCGUGGACCUUUGGCACCCCAACGUGGCUGGGGCAGAGCGCCAGGCCCUCGACUUUGUCUUUGCCCCAGACCCUUGAAGGGAGGCAAUCCCUUCUGACACCAGGGCAGGAGAUGCUGCCCUCAGGGACAGCCAGAAGUCGCCAGAACUGCCUCUCUUCACAGCAGGGCUGGGGUGGGCCAUGAGGGUGGGGAUUGGAGCCGGCCGCGCACACUGAAAUACAGACUUUGAAUCCUCUCUUAA